AUGUCUUCAAACUUGUCACUCUUCUCUCUUGCACUACUAAUCACUACUCUCUUCCUCAAACCAAAUAUUACUUAUGGUUCUUUGGAGGAAGCCAAUGCUCUUCUCAAAUGGAAAGCAAGCCUUGAAAUCCCAAACAACUCCUUGCUCUUUUCAUGGCUUCCCCUCCCUAUGAAUUCCAGUGCAUCUCUUCCAUGCAAUUCUUGGUUUGGAGUAGUUUGCAAUGCUGAUUGGAGGAUUCGCAGGCUGAACCUUAGUUCAUCUGGCAUAAAAGGUACACUCCAUCAAUUUUCAUUCUCUUUGCUACACGAUCUUACGCAUUUUGAUCUCGGUUCGAACAACUUCUUUGGCCCCAUCCCACCAGAAAUCGGACUCCUGUCCAAACUUGUCCAUCUUGAUUUUUCAGAGAACAAAUUUUCUGGAGUAAUCCCACAUGAAAUAGGAAACCUGCACCAACUAACCAUUUUGUACCUAUACUCAAACAAUAUAUCUGGCUCGAUUCCUUCAUCGUUGGGUAAUGUGAAGUCUCUCAGUGAACUUUCCAUGAGUUACAAUAAACUUAGUGGUUCUAUUCCUUUAUCUCUAGCAAACCUGAGUAACCUACAGCUUCUAUACUUAGGUGUGAAUAAUUUUUCUGGUCCCAUUCCUACAGAACUUGGGAAUUUGAAGUCUCUCACUGAUCUUGAGGUGAGCGACAAUCAAUUUAAUGGUUCCAUUCCUUCAUCAUUGGGUGAUUUGACAUCUUUGAAUGUCCUUUAUUUGUACCACAAUCAACUCUCUGGUCCCAUUCCUAUUGAACUUGGGAAUUUGAAGUCUCUCACCGAUCUUGCUGUAAGCCACAAUCAACUUAUUGGUUCUAUUCCUUCAUCAUUGGGUAAUUUGACAUCUUUGAAUGUCCUUUAUUUGCACCACAAUCAACUCUCUGGUCUCAUUCCUAUCGAACUUGGGAAUUUGAAGUCUCUCAGUACUCUUGGUCUGAGUGAGAACCAACUUAGUGGUUCUAUUCCUUCUUCAAUGGGUGAUUUGACAUCUUUGAAUGUCCUUUAUUUGCACCACAAUCAACUCUCUGGUCCCAUUCCUAUUGAACUUGGGAAUUUGAAGUCUCUCAUUGAUUUUCAGGUGAGCUACAAUCAACUUAGUAGUUGCAUUCCUUCGUCAUUGGGUAAUUUGACAUCUUUGAAAGUCCUUUAUUUGCACUACAAUAAACUCUCUGGUCCCAUUCCUAUUGAACUUGGGAAUUUGAAUUCUCUCACAAAUCUUGCUGUGAGUGAGAAUCAACUUAGCGGUUCCAUUCCUUCAUCACUAGGAAACCUCAGCAACAUACAGUGGCUGACUCUCCUAGAUAAUAAAUUAUCUGGUCUCAUUCCCAGUGAACUUGGGAAUUUGAAGUCUCUUACUCAUCUUGGGGUGAGCAACAAUCAACUUAGUGGUUCUAUUCCUUCAUCAUUUGGCGAUUUGACAUCUUUAAAUGGCCUUUAUAUGCAUUACAAUCAACUUGCUGGUCCCAUUCCUAGUGAGCUUGGGAAGUUGAAGUCUCUCAAUGAACUUAAGGUGAACAACAAUCAAAUUAGUGGUUCCAUUCCUCCGGAUCUUGGAAAUUCAACUCAACUACGAAGACUUGAUCUGUCUUCGAAUCAUUUGGUUGGUGAGAUCCCAAAGGAGUUUGGGAAAAUGAGAAGCAUGUUGGAUUUUUCAUUGGCUGGUAACCAACUUUCAGGAGUAAUACCUCUAGAGCUUGGAUUUUGUGAACUCCUUGAAGUACUCGAUCUAUCCAAAAAUAGAUUAAAUGGGUCGAUUCCAACAAGUAUUUGUCAAUGGUCACACAUCCACUACUUGAAUCUUAGUAAUAACAAGCUCAGUGAAAAAAUUCCACUCGAGAUUGGUAAAUUAGUUCAUCUUACGGAACUUGAUUUAUCUCAAAAUUUGCUCACAGAAGAGAUACCAUCUGAAGUUCAAACUUUGCAAAAUUUGCAGAAAUUAGAUCUUUCCCACAAUAUGCUAUCUGGUUCUAUUCCUAAUGAUUUUACAAAUUUGCCUCGCGGAAUUGAUAUUAACCUGUCUUACAAUGAGCUCAAAGGUCCAGUUCCCCCAAGCUCCAACUUUGUGAAUUCAUCUAUACAAGGCAAUCCAGGAGUAGUUUUACUUGGUUUAUUCAUGUAUGGCCUCGUUGCUUAUCGACAACAAAAGAAUAAACCUCCACAGAAACCACUGGAAGAAGAAAAUGGUGCUUAUUUCUCCAUUACAAGUUUUGAUGGAAGAGUAGUGUAUGAUGAAAUCUUGAAGGAAACAGGAGAUUUCAAUGAAGCAUAUUGUAUUGGGACCGGAGGAUAUGGUAUUGUUUACAAAGCCGAGCUACAACCUAACAAUGUGGUAGCUGUCAAGAAGCUUCACUCAUCUUAUGGGAAUGUUGAUCAUAAUGCAUUUCUUAAUGAGGUACGAGCAUUAACGAACAUAAGGCAUCGAAACAUAGUGAAACUCUAUGGAUAUUGCUCACAUGCCCGCCACUCAUUUUUGAUUUAUGAAUACCUUGAAAAGGGAAGCCUUGGAUCAAUCUUAAGAAUUGAUAACUUAGCAAAAGAUUUGAGUUGGUUGAAAAGAGUUAGUAUUGUGAAGGCUGUUGCUAAUGGGUUGGCUUAUAUGCAUCAUGACUGCUCACCUCCUAUAAUUCAUAGAGACAUAUCCAUAGCCAACAUCCUUCUUGAUUCUGAUUAUGAGGCCCAUAUUUCUGAUUUUGGCACGUCCAAGCUUUUAAAGCUUGACUCAUCUAACUGGACUGAAAUUGCAGGCACCUAUGGCUAUAUCGCACCAGAACUUGCUUAUACGAUGGUGGGAAAUGAGAAAUGCGAUGUGUAUAGCUUUGGAGUUGUUGCACUAGAAGUGGUCAUUGGAAAGCAUCCUGGAGAACUGAUAACAUCUUUACCUAUAUUGUCUGCUGAUUAUCUGGUGCCAGCAAAUGUGGGAGAUAGUCGGAUACCUCCUCCCUCCUCACAAGUUGAGAAACAAAUUAAGUUGGUUUUGAGUCUCUCAAGAGCAUGUUUGAGCUCCAACCCACAUGAAAGGCCAACGAUGCGUCAAGUAUCAAAUCUAUUAAUGAAGGAUCUGCUUUGAAUUGACAUCUGUGGCCUGAUCGAUAUAGUGUACUUUCAAUGUUGUUUAAAUCAUGCAAAACAAGUUGAUUUUCAGUAAAGCUAACCAAGUUGAUUUUGUCUGACUUUUUGAUUUCUUCCUGGUCGUUCUCUUCUCUCACUUGUUUCUCCAUCUUCUUCCAACUCUUGUUCUUGUUUCACUUUCACAUGUUGCAAUCGCUUCUUCCGAUAGUGUUUUUCUUUCACUCUUUAUUUUGAA